UUUCCGGCGACUGCCGGAAGACGCUCCGGGUUGGCCUCUGGGGCGGCCUGCGUGUGGGGUGAGCGCUGGAGCGGCCGGCCUUUCCGCGCCCGCCGGUCGCCACAUGGUGCGAGCAGCGGCCGCCGGACCCCACUCGGAUCGGCGGCGCUGAGGCGCCGGGGCAGCGUGCGACAUGUCGUCGGGGCUCCGCGCUGCCGACUUCCCUCGCUGGAAACGCCACAUCGCGGAGGAGCUGCGGCGCCGCGACCGGCUGCAGAGGCAGGCGUUCGAGGAGAUCAUCCUGCAGUAUAACAGGUUGCUGGAAAAGUCAGAUCUUCAUUCAGUAUUGGCCCAGAAACUACAAGCCGAAAAGCACGAUACACCAAAUCGACAUGAAAUAAGUCCUGGACACGAUGGCACGUGGAAUGACAGUCAGCUACAGGAAAUGGCCCAGCUGAGGAUUAAACACCAGGAAGAACUGACUGAAUUGCACAAGAAACGUGGGGAGUUAGCUCAGUUGGUGAUCGACCUGAAUAACCAGAUGCAGCAGAAGGACAGGGAGAUGCAGAUGAAUGAAGCCAAAAUCACGGAAUGUUUGCAGACUAUCUCUGACCUGGAGACAGAGUGCCUGGACCUGCGUAGCAAGCUCCAGGACCUUGAGAUAGCCAACCAGACCUUGAAGGAUGAGUACGACGCUCUGCAGAUCACUUUCACUGCGCUGGAGGAGAAACUGAGGAAAACUACUGAGGAGAACCACGAGCUGGUCACCAGGUGGAUGGCCGAGAAGGCCCAGGAGGCCAACCGCCUUAAUGCUGAGAAUGAGAAGGACUCCAGGCGGCGGCAAGCACGACUCCAGAAAGAGCUUGCGGAAGCGGCGAAAGAGCCUCUGCCGGUUGAACAGGACGAUGACAUUGAAGUCAUUGUGGACGAGACCUCAGAUCACACCGAGGAGACCUCUCCUGUGCGAACCGUCAGCAGAGCAGCCUCUAAGCGACUCUCGCAGCCUGCUGGAGGCCUUCUGGAUUCUAUCACUAAUAUCUUUGGUCUGUCCGACUCUCCCCUCUUGGGACAUCAUUCUUCCGAUGCUGCCAGGAGACGCUCUGUCUCUUCCUUCCCAGUCCCCCAGGAUGUCAGUGUGGACGCUCAUCCUGGGCCCGGUAAAGACGUGAGGGUCCCCACCACUGCCUUGUGUGUCUUUGACGCACAUGACGGGGAAGUGAACGCCGUGCAGUUCAGCCCGGGCUCCCGGGUGCUGGCGACGGGAGGCAUGGACCGCAGGGUUAAGCUGUGGGAAGUGUUUGGAGACAAAUGUGAGUUCAAGGGUGCCCUAUCUGGCAGUAAUGCUGGAAUUACAAGCAUUGAAUUUGAUAGUGCUGGAGCUUACCUCUUAGCAGCUUCAAAUGACUUCGCAAGCCGGAUCUGGACUGUGGAUGAUCAUCGGUUACGGCACACACUCACGGGCCACAGCGGCAAAGUGCUGUCUGCUAAGUUCCUGCUGGACAACGCGCGCAUCGUCUCUGGAAGUCACGACCGGACCCUCAAACUCUGGGAUCUCCGCAGCAAAGUCUGCAUAAAGACAGUGUUUGCAGGGUCCAGCUGCAAUGAUAUUGUCUGCACUGAGCAGUGUGUGAUGAGCGGACACUUUGACAAGAAAAUCCGUUUCUGGGACAUCCGGUCAGAGAGUGUGGUCCGGGAGAUGGAGCUGUUGGGCAAGAUCACCGCCCUGGACUUGAACCCCGAGAGGACCGAGCUGCUGAGCUGCUCCCGGGACGACCUGCUGAAAGUCAUCGAUCUGCGGACGAACGCCGUGAAGCAGACUUUCAGUGCCCCCGGCUUCAAGUGCGGUUCAGAUUGGACCAGAGUGGUCUUCAGCCCCGAUGGCAGUUACGUGGCCGCAGGCUCGGCUGAGGGCUCGCUGUACGUCUGGAGUGUGCUCACCGGGAAAGUGGAGAAGACGCUGUCCAAGCACCACAGCUCCUCCAUCAACGCGGUGGCGUGGGCCCCCUCCGGCUUGCACGUCGUCAGUGUGGACAAAGGCAACAAAGCCGUGCUGUGGGCACAGCCGUGACUCGGGAGAAGCGCGGGGACCCCCCAGUCCUGUCCCGGCGGUGGCGUGCCCGCCCAGAGGAGCGCUGCUGCGCGUGGCCUGGUGGCGCUUCUGAGGAUGUGAGCAGAUGGCCCGCGGGAGCCCACACCGAGGCAGUCUGGGCAGGAAACACUGCGAGCGCUGGUCUUCCAUACCUCACUGGGGAGCGGGGUCUCCUCGCGGUCGGCGGGGCCGAGCGCACUGCACGGCUGCGUGUCGGUCCGCGCCCAUCCUUCCAAAGUCUGUUCUGGCCGGAUGCACAGCCCCUCGCCCGGGGCACUGGUUGGACUGUGAGGACGCGCGCAGCAGGGGUGGGCGAGCUCUCUGAUCGCGUCUUGUUAACUGCUGAACCGUCCUCAGGUCCCCUGGCCGGCCUUCAGAGCCUCCGGCUCCCUUCCCCAGCCCUUCUGCAUGUCCAUGUCUGGCGGGAAAUAAACCUCAGUGUGGCUCACGUUUUGAGAUAGAGGAGGUGUGCCAGCCUUCCCCGGGAGGUGCAUUCUGUAUCACCACAGGGCCCCAGCAGAUGGGGGCGCCUGGCAGGCUGCUGGCGAGGAGCCUGAGGCCUCGGAGUGAACUGCCCCGGGGCUGGCAGCGGGAGCCGGCCACGCCUCUGUGCCCGCUUGCCUGCUGCACCCUUGCUGUCUGCUGCGGGAAUCCCUGUGCAGGGCUGGCCCGGCGUCCCCUUCCUUCCCUUCCUGAGGCCGUGAUGAAGGCCAGGCACAGUUCUCCUCCCACGUCCCCGUGUAGGAUCUCAGCUCUGGGUGUGGGGCUCCGAAACGCCCUGUUCUGUCACGUAAUUUGCACUUUAUUUUUUUCUUCCACGCUUGUUCUCUGGACAUUCGGGAUGCGAGCACCGGGGAGGGGGCGCCGCGUCCUCCGCUCCUGGCCCUCACCGUGCUCCGAUUGCCGUCCAGAGAACGCCGGUUGUGGGGAGCUGACGUUCACAGGCCGGGGCACAUCUUUUAUUUAUUUAUGUUGCCAAACAGAACUUGAUUAUAAAUUUUUUAAAAUUC